GCUGGCUGUUGUGCGUAGCUGAAAAAUUAACGUAGAAGAAAGCAGCGAGGAUUAUACGGCAAUUAAAAUGCCCAAACUGUCGCAAAUGUGACCAACUGUACCUGAUAGUAACCGUUAGCUAAUUAAAAUCACGCAAACGUCGCUGUCACCUGUUAAUUUUAUCUCAUUAACGGUUAAACAUUUGUCAUGGGGUGUAUAUCGCCUUUGUUUUUCUUAUCUGCUCGUGUUCCGAUGCAAUUUCGGGUAAAAUUCCGGGAGCUAACCGCUUGUAAACGGAAAACAUGGCUCUCCUGGUCCCUUCAGCGUUGUUGCUCGUCGGAUACUUCAUUAUCAUCGUCUGACCAUCUAAGCUCCGGACUCGAGAGGUACAAGGACUUACAGAAGUAUUUCAGGAGGAGAUUAAAGGAUGCAUACCACAGGUUCUCCAAUAUACCUGAUUACUCAGUGGUCUCUGGACAUCACCAUUUAUAUUUCACUGAAGAAGAUGGGAUAUACAGAAUGGACAAGAAACAGAGUCACCUGGAGCCAGAGCAGGUGUUAAAUCUAAGACAAAUCUCUGGGGAGUUGGAGAAGACGGGACUUGAAAACAAUAAGAGAAAGCAAAGAUUUCAGUGGACGGUUCAGAGAAUCCGUCUCUCCCCACGGGAAAGGCAUCUUGCAGCGUCGCUAAAAUGUACUCACACGGAAGAGCUGAGGUGUGUGGUUGUGUGGCUUGAAAGGAGAAGAUUCCUACCUCUGGAUCCCCAACAUGUGACACUAACCCUGGAGAAAGUCUUCAGCUUUGAGUGGGCCACAGAUGAAGUACUAUUUUACACGACUCUGGAGGGUCUACGUUCCAGCGCAGUGUUUCGUCUGGAUCUCACCUCCAGUGGAAGCAGGAUAACCUCUGUUUUUGAGGAAAUGCAGCCUGAUGUGUUUGUGGAGGUUGCCCUGACCAGAGACCGACAGAUCCUGACCAUCAACUGUAACAGCAGGACAAGUUCAGAGGUGCUGCUAAGUGAUAUAGCAACAUCAAAUUUAGAGCCAUUUGUGGUUCAGCCACGCCAGCUCAAUCUCCUAUACUACGUGGAGCACUGGAGAAGUCGGCUUAUUAUACUGGCAAAUACAGGGCUUGGACAAGAAUAUCAGGUGGUUCAGGCUCCUGUCUCAGAGCCAUCAAUGGAUUCCUGGGUCUCUUUGUUUGCACCUGAACCUGGCACUACAAUUAAAGACAUGGACGUGGUUGGAGACCACUGUGUGUUGGUUGCAAGAACGCCAGUUAGUGAACUUGCUCUCAUUGUGGUCCCUCUGAUCCACCCCAAGAACACAUACAUAGUGCAGCUUCCAUCCUGGGCUUGUGCCAUCAAAACCAAGAAACCAGGCUUGGCUGACCAACAAAAUAUGCUAGAAUUCCUGAUAUCGUCUCCAGUCCAUCCGCCGGUUCCAUACUGUCUACACCCUGAGAAUGGGCUCCUUUUAUCAGGCACUGGAGAUGGAUCCUCCCCAGAGAACCAAGCUGAUUAUAUCACCACGCGCUUGGAGGCCUGCAGCCAAGACGGUACCUUUGUGCCAGUGACAUUGUUUCAUACAGUACCUGUGGAGCAUUUGAGACAGGCACCGCUGCUGGUCCAUGUCUAUGGUGCUUAUGGCAGAGAUCUUAACAUGGAGUUCUACCCAGAGAAAAAAGUGAUGCUGGAGCAGGGCUGGGCUCUGGCCUACUGCCAUGUCAGAGGUGGAGGGGAGCGUGGCCUUUCUUGGCACAGACAAGCCUGCGUGGGAGGGAAGCAGAGAGGAGUUGAGGACCUCCAAGCCUGUCUCCAUCACCUUUUCUCCUUAGGAGUCUCCUCUCCUUCUCUCACCGCUCUUACAGCCUGCAGUGCUGGGGCUGUCCCAGUGGGAGCUCUGUGCAACAGACACCCACUAUUGAUGCGGGCUGUCACCCUGCAGGCUCCGUUUCUGGAUGUGUUAGGGACUAUAGAGGAUCACAGCCUGCCUCUAACUUUAGAGGAUAGAGAUGAAUGGGGGGACCCAGUGGGAAACCCAGAACACAGACAUAUCAUCACCUCCUACUGUCCCCUUCACAACAUCACUCCUCAGCAUUACCCAUCGAUGCUGCUGACAGCCUACAGUGGUGACAACGUGGUUCCUCUGGCAGGCAUCCUUAAAUACACUGAACAACUAAAGAAAGCUGUUCAUACACACUUCAGCAUGAAGCCAAAGUCAGAGUGUAAACCAGCACCAAACAUAGCUCUGAAUAUCCAACCUGGAGCAAAUCACCUUGGACCAGAAGACUUUGAGCUAAUGCUGGAGGAGGAAGCCCUCGAGCUUGCAUUUCUGUACAUGGAGCUAGGCCUGGACCCUCCUCGGCCUCAACGCAAGCGGAGAAGAUAGCGAGGCUAUGAAGAAGCAGUCGGGCAUGAAAAACAGAGCAUCUUCCAUCACAGCAACUA